CUGUAUUUGCCCCCUCCCUCCUCCCUUCCUUCUCUCUGAUCCUUUCAUCUUCUUCUGUACCAGUAGACAUAACCUCCCUUUGAAUGCAAGUCUCUGUGUGUGUGUGUGUCUCUCUCUCUCUCUCUCUCGCUCAUCUCAGCUCACUGCCCAUAUCGUUUCUUGGUAUUUUGCUUUCAUGGGUAGUUGCCAAAUCUUGGAUUUAAGCUCUACUCUGCUACCCCAAGACCAUCUUUUUUGAUUCUUGCCACCGCUUCCCGUAUUCAAGAAACCACCCCCCCCCACCCCAUUAUCUUUUCUUCCUGCCCUUCUCCUCUACAGUAUCAGAACCUUUCUAGCUAGUCUAGCCGGGUCAGUUUCGCGCACACAUCCCACCAAAUCUGCGGAAUUGUUCUUUUUCCUCGGCUGAGUGUUAGUUGGGUGAGCUUCUAUCUAUCAGGGCUUGCUUGAAAGUGAGUUCUUUCGGGCUCAGAGACUUGGCCCCAGCAAGAAGAUGAGAUCAUUUGGUUCAGUUCAGAUUCUUUUGGCCCUGUUCGGUGUUCUGUUUGUGAAGUCUGAUUCCUUUGCAUUUGCAACAUAUGAAGCUUGGGCACUCACUACAUUUAAAGAAGCCAUUUACGAGGACCCGAAUAUGGUAUUGUCAAAUUGGAAUGGCCUAGAUGCAGAUCCUUGUGACUGGUCUGGUAUUUUUUGUUCGGUGGCUCGGGACCAUGUCCUGAAGAUAAACAUCUCGAGUUCGUCCUUGAAGGGAUUUCUUGCACCAGAGCUGGGCCUGCUCACCUACCUGCAAGAAUUAAUUUUGCAUGACAACACCUUCAUAGGGGUGAUCCCCAAAGAGCUGGGAAUGUUGAAGAACCUCAAGAUUUUGGAUUUGGGGAAGAAUCAACUAUCAGGUCCAAUUCCUCCUGAGAUUGGAAAUCUAACAAACAUUACAAAAAUAAAUCUUCAGUCCAAUGGCCUUACUGGGAGGCUUCCUCCUGAGCUUGGGAAUUUAAAGUAUUUACAGGAACUUCGGCUUGACAGGAAUAAGCUGCAGGGAACUGUUCCUGCUGAAGGCAAUUCCGAUUUCACAUCUAAUAUGCAUGGAAUGUAUGCCUUGGCUGCAAAUGGAAAUGGCAUAUGUCGCUUGUCUCAGUUGAAGGUGGCCGAUUUCUCGUAUAAUUUCUUCGUCGGGAGCAUCCCCAAUUGUUUGGGUUAUCUUCCGAGUGUGAGCUUUCAAGGGAAUUGCCUCCAAAACAAAGACACCAAACAACGUCCUGCUGCACAAUGUGGUGGCGCCUAUCCAGCACCCCCUAAAGGCCAUUCAGUUCCUCCAACAGCGAAACACCGAUCUUCUGGAGAUGGCAAUAAACAUGAGAAAGCAUCAAGACCUGCUUGGCUUUUGGCUCUGGAGAUUGUGACUGGAACAAUGGUGGGGUCCCUUUUUCUAGUGGCGAUCUUCACUGCUCUUCACAGGUGCAACACCAAGUCGUCCAUCAUCAUACCUUGGAAGAAAUCGGGGAGUGAGAAAGAACAGACUGCAGUUUUCAUAGAUUCAGAGAUGUUGAAAGAUGUGAUGAAAUUCAGCAGACAAGAACUUGAAGUAGCAUGCGAAGACUUUAGCAAUAUUAUUGGCUCCUCUCCAGAUAGCUUGGUCUACAAGGGCACGAUCAAAGGGGGGCCUGAGAUUGCUGUGAUAUCACUCUGCAUCAAAGAAGAGCAUUGGACAGGCUAUCUUGAGCUCUAUUACCAGAGAGAGGUGGCCGAUUUGGCUAGAUUAAAUCAUGAGAAUACGGGGAAAUUAUUGGGCUACUGUAGGGAGAGCACUCCAUUUACACGAAUGCUUGUCUUCGAGUAUGCGUCAAACGGGACUCUGUAUGAACACCUUCACUAUGGGGAAGGUUGCCAAUUAUCAUGGACCCGGCGUAUGAAAAUUGUGUUGGGCAUUGCUCGUGGGCUCAAAUAUCUUCAUGCAGAACUGGACCCACCUUUCACUAUAUCCGAGUUGAAUUCUAGUGCUGUCUAUCUUACGGAAGAUUUUUUUCCAAAGCUGGUAGAUUUUGAAAGUUGGAAGGCUAUUCUUGCAAGAUCGGAGAAGCAUUCGGGGUCUAUCGGCAGUCAGGGAGCUGUCUGUAUUCUUGGAAAUUCUAUCCAGCGGCGACAUGAGGAUGUUAAAGGCAACGUUUAUGCAUUCGGGGUACUUCUACUUGAAAUUGUCAGUGGAAGACCUCCUUAUUGCAAAGACAAAGGCCACUUAGUAAAUUGGGCUAAGGACUAUCUCGAACUGCCAGAAGUGAUGUCUUAUGUGGUGGACCCUGAGUUAAAACACUUCAGCUACGACGACCUAAAGGUGAUUUGCGAGGUUGUGAGCCUCUGCCUCGAUCCCGACCCGACCAAGCGACCCUCGAUGAAUGAACUAUCCUCUAUGCUAGAGAGCAGGAUCGACACCUCAAUAUCGGCAGAGCUCAAGUCCUCGUCUUUAGCAUGGGCCGAGCUCGCUCUCUCAUCCUAAUUCGAAGCUAACACAAUGUAAAUCUAAGAAAAUGAAAGAGAUAUUCUAUAGAGUUUUUCCUUAUUUUGGGGGUUAAUAAUUUCUUGAUGCUUUUUUAUGGUCCUAAUCAAUUUUUCUGUCUGUAUGAUGUAAAUGAUUUGCAUGCUGAUGGGAGGGAGCCAAUAGGGACUCGAGGGGUUUGACAGUCUACUGCUUGUAUACCAUUUAUUGAAAUUGAAGUGAAAAUUUAGUCUUGCUCGCAAGACUCACAAAAACAGUGAGAAAAA